AUGUUUAAUCACUCACCCGGUAAGCUUCGUGGCGGUCUUGGAUCUCGGCAUGGCGCAGACCCUUCUCCCGGUGGUGGCGGCCUCGAUCUCGGCAUCGAGAACCCCAACCAGCAACAGCAAAAGCAGCAGCAGCAGCAAGAUCAGCAGCAACAGCACUUCCUACGGCACCUCCACCAGUUCCAGAAUCAACCGCCACAGAACCGACCGCAACAACAGACACAUUCCUCUCACCAUCAGCCAGUCUUCUCCGACGGUCUCGGCUUCGCAUCCCCUCCCGCGCAGGAUGCGUCAUCGAUGCACCGUUUCUCGACGAAUAUGGGCCCCGACCAGGUCCACGACCCGGCCGAUGGUCAGGACGUCACCAUGGGCGAUGCGCAUGAGCCGGAAGCGAACGUGACGAACCUGAUAGCCCAUUUCGAGAACGGAAAGAAGAAACCCCCGAAGCCCAACAAGCCUUCGCACAUCGCCGCUUUCAACCGUUCGAACAACCCUCUGAGAGUGACAAGCCCAACGGGGGAGCAAUUUACGUCCUCUUCUUUGAGGGUGCGCAGUGGAUCGAUUGGACGGCCCCCGCCGGUGCGGUUCGGUAGUAUGGGGUACCAGGGGCAUUCGGGCAUGCGGGUGUCGAGCCCAAUAGCGAGUCAGUCGGUGGAAGCUUAUGGGAAUAGAACCGCGGGCCGGAGUACCACCUCGCGCGCUACCGCUGCCGCGACGCCGACGUCACCGUACACGACGAUAGCGAGCUCGAUGGAUAUGCCGGUGCCGUUGCGUAGACAGGCCAGCACGAUUGGGGCGAUGCAAGUGGACGGCGUGACGAGCUUAUCGAGCGAUAACUUUUUGAGUCCUGAUGCCAUCUCGCCCGGCCCCGGAAGCAUGGGCGGCGGCGGCGCACACUCGCCGUUUGGCUUUGUUGAUAAUGGCAACAGGAUGGUACGAUCUGUGCAAGGCCACAUGCUAGAUACGUUUGGCGGAACGAUGGGCAGCCCGAUUAUAGGAACACCGACCUCGCCAUUUGGAAAUAUGGAUUACUCCGCGCCGAGAGUUGUGAGCCCGAUCCAGAGUCCGUCAGUCGACCCGUACGGAGACAUUGGCGUCUUGGCGGGUAUAGGGGUUAGCAACGCGGCGGCAUCGCCCUUUGAUGCCAUGUCUGCCGUGGACCGAGUUACGAGCCCCAUGGAGACGAGGGGAGUGGAUGCGUUCGACUUCCGGAUGGAUACGAAGCCACCGCCACAGUUUGUCCAUACGCCUACUGAUGCGUUCCAGAGCCUCGAUCCUUUCCAAUCGCUAAACCCGGCCGUGAACCACCAUCAGCCGGCCCCGCCCCAAGUCUCGUUCUCUGGCAUGGCUUCUCCGUCGUCCACGGAUCCUUUUGGGGACAUUGGGCUUCUAAUCAAGCAAGAGCCGAAUGUCGACCAGGUGGAGUUUGGAGGCUUGAGUCCUGCGCCCAGAAGUGCCACUACUGUACAUGCGCCCAUUGAUUUUUCCAACCCGGGCUACUUCCAGGCACAACAGCCGCUUCAGCAAUCGCACUCCCACCAGCAACACCCACAACAACCCCUACAUCACACUCACCAACAGCACCAUCCGCAGCAACACCAACCUCAACCACCACCCCCUCCGGCAAAGAAACUCUUCCUGUCUCGAAGCCAGCAGGAUAUGAGUGGGAACCAGUCCACUCCCGGCUUCAACAUCUGGAGACCACCAGUACCUUCCACACCAAAACCCGUCCUUACACACAGCCAACAGGCCUCGUCCGGAUCGAUAUCAUCAUCCGCAGCACCGAACAAGUCCGCCGCUUUCCUGGCACAGUCGAGAGCCGAGCUCAGGAUACAAACGGACCACCCGAAUGUCAUGUCCCACCACCAGCAUCAACAACAGCAACAACAACCCUUUAGUUCGACCUUAUCGAUUACUUCCCCUACCAGCGCAAUAUUACCUUCUUCUUCGACGGAGAACCCUGUGCAGAGUCCUCUUGCUGCAUCUCCUAAUCCACCUCCUCUACCUGUUCGCCCAACUCAGCAGGGGUCGCGCCCUUCUCGAGAGCAGGUCCCAGCCGAGGCGUGGGAAUCCAUGAAGUCGACUAUCAGGCAACUAUACCUUGAGGAACGGAAGCCGUUGAAGGAAGUCAUUCUGGUGAUGGCGGAGAGGCACGGUUUCCAGGCGACUCCAAAGAUGUACAAGACUCGGUUCUCCCAGUGGGGUUUCGUCAAGAAUAACACAGAAGAAGAAGUCAAGAAGUUACUGUCGAUGAAGUUCCAGCGAGACGCCGAGGGCAAAGUAUCGGAGUUUGUGCGGAACGGACGAGUGAUUAAUUUAGGGACGUAUCUUAAGAGGAAGGGAGUGACAGAGUAUGACCUUGUCGAUUUCGAGACACCGGCCGAUCUACCUUCGUACGUGCGAUGUCGUACCCCAACCCCGCCUCCCGCUCCGGGUUAUCUGCGUUCACCAGAACUGCUCCGAGCGCAGGAGACUGUUGUUGGGAACUUGAGGAAAGCUUUCCUCCAUUGUCGCCAGUCAGAACUGGAUACGAAGACGACGGUCGGGUGGACUACGGUGAUGGUCUGGGGUGCGGGUUCCACCGAGCUCUUAUACGAGGCGAACAAGCGUGUCGAGAGAGGAGGUGCGGGCCAGGGCGUGGACCUCAUGGAGGCGUUCCAGCAGCUCGAGGUGGACCUGCAGAAGCUGUCGCCGCAGAGCAUCAAGGAGGUCUUGAUGGGCAUGGUGCACCGCGACCCGGGAAUGAUGACUGCACUCUCGAAGUACCUGGCAGCUUACUCGACAACAAACUACGAGCGGUUGCACCCUUUGCGGCAGAUCUUUACGACGUUGUACGAGGUUCAGCAGAAGCACGGCCCCAUGACGCUCUCCGAUCUUGUUUGGGACUGCAUCCCGACGCUUGCCGACGAACUCGAAUCGAUCUAUGGCCGACGACACCCGUACGUGGCACGAACGUGGAUCGAUCUGGCGUUAUUCUACCGGCACACCAACGGCGAGCGACUGCAGAAGCUUAUUUCCGAGUACCAGCCGCACCGACGGGCCGUCGAAUCCAAGGAAGGCGCGCACUCGCCGGAGGCUUUUGCUUUCCGGUACACGCUUUUGCAACUCCUGCAUGCCGUAAAUCCGCAGUCUCCUGCUCUCAAGGCGGAGACGCUGGCGCUGUGGGAGGAGCUCAAGGACUCAGGCCGGACCUUCCUCACGAGGAGUUCGGAUGCCAACACGUAUUGCGUGCACGACGCCGUAAAAGUGACGCCCUGGACAAAGAGGUGCAAGGAGACGUACGCAACGAUUGCCGAACUGCUGCAGCGGUACGCAUCUGUCAAGGUGCGGUUCUAUUUCGAGGAGAAUAUGCAUACGGACGAGUAUGAGCAUGUUCCUGAUGCCAUGUCGGCUUGGGGCUUUGUUAUGGGGCAAUCAGUCUUUUCUGGCAAUCGUGUCAUAUAA